AGUUAAUCACCAUAAGUUCUUUGUUAACUUUAUUGUUAUCUACUAAUUUAUGUCAUAUUUAUGUUUUAAUUAAUACAUAUGUGGAUGCAUGCAUGUUGGCGUACAUGCACAUAUGCACAUGCUUAUGAUAUAUGCUGAUGUCUUAUGUUUUCUAAUGCUAUCUUAAUGCAGUUUAGUCCAUUAGGACAUUAUUUUGCUAGUGCUUCACAUGAUCGAACGGCAAGGGUUUGGUCUGUGGACAGAAUACAGCCUUUAAGGAUAAUGGCGGGGCACUUAUCUGACGUGGAUUGUGUAAGGUGGCAUUCAAACUGCAAUUACAUUGCUACAGGAUAUAGUGACAAAACAGUUAGAUUAUGGGAUGUACAGAGUGGGGAGUGUGUUAGAAUUUUCAUUGGUCACAGGAGUGUGGUUUUAUCUUCGGCAAUGUCACCUGAUGGCCGGUACAUGGCAUCUGGUGAUGAAGUUGGCACAAUUAUGAUGUGGGAUCUCUCAAGUGGUCGUUGUGUCACGCCUUUGGUGGGUCACACCUCCUGUGUCUGGACUCUCGCUUUCAGGUGAAAAUCCUUUUUCUCU